AUGCCGACGACUCCGCUGCUUUCGUCAUUAUCACCCGAUUCAAUUAAUGAUUCAUUUAUCCCAUUUUGUAGAUGUGGUCGCUUUGCAGUUAUCAAAGGAAAAGAUGGGAAAAAAUUUUUUGGGUGUUCCAAUUUUUGGAAUAAAAAACCACAGGAAUCCCGGUGUAAUUACUACAGGCGUCAAAAUUUGAACAUUCGUCGUUUUCCUACUCAAGACGAUGUAGACAUCUCCGAAAAAAACAAAAACGAUGAGGAACUCGACGUUCCGCUUAAUAUAGUUUCCGAUAAGCAAGCAGAUGACGAAUGGAAGGAAGAAUCUUAUGAGAGAUGUGAACGUACAGAUCUUAAUGAAGUGACUAUGAAGCAUAGCGCGGCAGAAGUUCCAUUGGUAGAAUCUAGUUCUCACGCUGCAGAAGAACGUGAAUUCAUACACGAUGAAGAGAUUAAUUCGAUUUUCCAGCUUUUCUUGAAACAAACAAUCAGUCAACGAAAAUCAUCUUUUGAAGAAUUGCAGAAAUUGAAACAAGAAUGCGCGGAUGUCCAGCAACAGUUGAAGUUAUUGCAUAAAUGCUGUGAUGUCGCACAUGAGAAAAUUAAUUUCCUCCAGAAUGAAAAUAAUGUAUUAAAAGAGAGCAAUGUUAUCACUAAUGAGUUUCCGGAUUGUUUGUGUGUCGUAAACUCACUUGUAAAACUUGAUCCGAAAUUUCAAACCAAUGUUCAUGUCAAUCGUCAGGUUAUUACUGUAUAUGUCGACACAGAUGAUGAUGGGGCAAACGAUAUGGAAAUAAAUGGGGAAGAAAGCGAGAAAGACAACGUGGGUGUUGGAGAAACCAUUAUAGUUGAUAGUGAUACGGAAGAGUUGGGAAGUGAUAUUACCGAAAUAAACGCACUCCAAGAAAAACAGACUGCCAUUUUGAAAAUGGCUGAUCUAUCUUCAUUACAGUUUGAUAUUUUGAAAGCAAUCUUUAUAGCUAACCCUCAUCACAGAGAUUGGAGUUUUUUACUUGAUUAA